CCGGCACCGACCCUCGACCAUGGCGUCCGCGAACCAGACGGCCACCCCCUCCGCGAGCGCGGCGCUGCCCGCCCUCCCCGCGCUGGACAACACCUUCGGGGCGCUGUAUCUUGGGACCUGCUUUGGCUUGAUAUUGUACGGGCUCACCGUGCACCAGGUGUACCGAUAUUUUCGGUUAUACCCAACCGACACAAUCUUUCACAAGACUUAUGUUCUAUUCGCUUUGGCCAUUGAAACACUUCAUUCUGUCUGCACCAUGCACGUAGUAUAUCACUAUUUAGUCACCAACUACUUCAACCCCCUGGAGCUUGGGAACGACAUUUGGUCGCUACGAACGCUUACAUGGGUUUCGGGUCUCGCCAUCGUUCUUUCACAAGGAUUCUACGCUCGACGUGUGUUCAGACUCAGUGAAGGCUGGUGGUCCAAGAUCUUGGUCGUUUUAGUGAUCCUCCUUAUCCUUGUUGAAAUCGCUUUCAUCAUCGCUGCGACAAUCGAGGGGUUCCUCCUCGCGACACUCGCCGAGUAUCAAAAGUUCGCCUGGAUGGUCUCCGUCGUAUAUGGCGUGACGGUUUCCUGCGACAUUAUCCUCACUGGCAGUCUCACGUGGGUGCUGCUCAAGAAGCGGACGGGCUUUAGGAACACCGAUUCGCUCAUUGCAGUCAUUGUACUCUACUCAAUCAAUACCGGCCUUAUGACGGGCGUUUUCGGGCUUCUGGUUUUCAUCUUUGCACUGGUCAUGCCGAACAACCUGGUAUACAUCGGUAUCAGUAUCUUCGGCACAAAACUAUAUAUCAACUCGGUGCUGGCUGUCCUCAACUCGCGCAAGUCGCUGAACAACAGGAACCUGAACGGUUUCGAGCUCAACUCGUUCGACACAAACGGUAUGCCUGGCUCAAGCACGUCCCGCAGCCGGAACACCACACAUCUCGCCAGCGCGCUCAGAGUGGGCGUAUCGAAGACGACGGCGACGCAUGUCGACAUCCAGAUGAAGCCGCAAACACACCUGAACCGCAGCGCGGAGGACGGCCUCGGCGACGAGAUGCCCAUGCAGGAGUACAAGUAGUUGCUGCUCUGGGUCCCGCCUCCCCCUCUCACCUUCCUCCGAGGGCUCCGCCGUUUCCCUCGUUCUUUGGGUCAGUGUUGUGCCGGCAGGACGGUAUACCGUAACUGGGGCUAAGUUAUCCGAUGAUAUAUUUGUGUCAAUAGAUUAGGCCUGUAGUACCAAAAGACACCGCAAUCAUACCAGUCGC